AUGAGUGAACUGCUUGCCAUUCCACUUAAGCGAACUUUAGAAGUGGACUUUGCCACGGAGUUGUCAAAACUAAUUGAUACUACUUCCUUUCAAACGGCAUCCUUUUUCCAAUCAGACAUACUCAAAGUUGUUGAUGCAAGAAACAAUGCGAUUGCACCCGAUAUCUCAAUCGACGGUCUUUCUGCACUGAAGGAAUACUAUGUAAUAUUGUUGCAAUUAGAGAAAAAGUUUCCCAAUAAUCAAAUAGAAUUUACAUGGUUUCAAACGCUAUCACAAAAAUCUCGUGGUACUAGUCAAUACUCAUUACAAUGGGAAAAAUUAACCAUUAUUUAUAAUAUUGGUUGCAUGUAUUCACUGUUGGCUCUAAAUAGCAACAAUGAUGCAGCCGAAUCCCUCAAAACGUCAUGUCUGUACUUCCAGAAUGCCGCCGGAUGCUUUAAACAUGUUUUAGACCACCAAAAAAAUCUUGAGACAAUCCCAGUGGUAGAUGACGCCACAUUGAACGCUUUAACCUCCCUGAUGCUAGCACAAGCGCAAGAAUGCUUCUGGUUUAAAGCCGUGCAAGAUAAACACAAGGACUCCUUAAUCGCGAAGUUGUCACAACAGAUCGUGGACUUCUACUGCGAGGCUAUUAAUGACGCCCAAAGGGGGAAACUUAUUAGAAGUGAUUGGAUAAACCACUUAAAGGCUAAAAAGGCUUACUUUAGUGCGGUGACUUAUUACAGAAUAGCCUUAUCUUUUAAUGAGAAGAAGCAGUUCGGAAAUGUUGUGAAAGCUCUGCAAAUGGGAUUGCAAUUUAUAAAUGAAUCAACACUAUCUUCGCAAGCUAAGUUUAAAACUGUUGUCGAAUCUUCUCUGAAAGAAGCCCAAAGAGACAAUGAAUUCAUCUACUUACAAGAAGUUCCUUCGGAAUUACCAUCGAUCAAACCAGCUCUCAUGGUUAAACCAUCUUCUUCAGCAACAUUGUUGCCUUCUAUUAAAAAGGAUGAGACUUUAUUCAAAGACCUAAUCCCUAUAGAAGUGAUGGAAUAUUGCACAGCAUACAAUGAAAGGCAAGAUGAAUACGUUGAACAACGUGUUACCAAUCCCCUUGCUUCCCUAAAUAAACUAUUGAAGGAGUCCUUGACUACUUUCCAAAUACCACAAGGGCUUACAAAGGUGAGUGAAGCAGAACUGAGUCAUUACCAGGCAUCACUGAAUAAUCUUCUCAUUAAUAAUAAAAAUGUGCAGGUACAACUCGAUAACAUUGAGCAAAUUUUAAAUGAAGAAGCAUUUACUGACAAUCAGCUCCGACUAAAACACGGAACCUUAAAUUGGACUUUACCCGAAUCUUCAACUACUAACACAGCAUAUUAUGAAAAACUAAAAAAGCUGAGAGGAUACCUUGAUGAAGGUAGUGCGAUUGACAAACAAACAAAUGAACUAUUUCAAAGCAUCGAUAAAAAUUUGAUUGGAUCAGAGAUCAGGUUACCGGAAUCUAAUGAUCCUCUAACGAAUAAGAUUAAGAUGAUCAUACAGGAAAGAAAUGAUUAUAUUGAUAGGACGAGGCGGAAAUCUUCAGAAUAUAGAAUACUUCCAAAGAUCAUUACAUCGUAUAAAAAAAAUGGAACAGUCGACUUUGAACCCAUUUUCAUAGGCCAUUUAAAAUACUUUGACGAAGAUUUAAGAUACGUUAAUAGUACAAAGGAAGAAAAUAUCAAACUUAUUGAGGAAGUAAACCUAAGUAAGAAGAAUAACCCCGGCAGAAGCGGGAUUGAACCAAAGAAAAUGGUAAGAAUAGAUCCCAGAGAGCUAUAUAUUGAAGAUCUGAGAUAUUCCUUCAAACUGCUUGAUGAGGUGAAAGAAAAUUUAAGUGCCGGCACAGCAUUUUACGAAAAUUUAAUUACUUCUACCAGCAAUCUGUACAAUGAGGUACAGGAAUAUGAUACAGCAAGAAGAGCAGAAAAAGCUAGGCUUGAUAAGAGUUUGACAUUUGAAGACCAAUGA